AUGGGACUCCUCGCCCCUCCGCCUUUGGUGUCUGCCGGAGAUGUGGACUUAAUUUUGCCCUGGAAUUACUGCUGUUUUUCUGUGUGUGCUUCUCUGCUUUUGUCAGGAGGGGGCGCUGGGGAGGCGAACGAAACGGGUAUCAUGGCGAACUCUGCGUCAGGGGAGGGGCGAAAACGGGUGGCUGCUGGAGAAGGACUUGAGACCCUUGUGUGGAAGGGGGCCCUGAGACGAACCCCCUUUAAAUCUGGGGUUCCUGGCAGCCACUGCUCUCGAAGAUCUGUCAUCCCAGAAGCGCUGGAGUCAUAG